AUGGGAGACAACAGUAGAGCCAAUUCUACCGCAGCAGACGAUUUACUGCUCAAGCAAUUCUUCGCCGAAGUCGGCGAGGUUGAGCGAGACAACGAAGUCAACAGGAUCCUGUCUUGCUUCAAACUGAAUGCAUUUGAAUAUCUUAACCUACCAUUUGAUUCGUCUAUAGACGAAGUGAAAAAGCAAUAUCGUAAGUUAUCUUUGCUAGUUCACCCUGAUAAAUGCAAACAUCCACAAGCAAAGGAGGCAUUUGGUGCAUUAGCAAAAGCUCAACAAAUAUUACAUGAUCCUUCAGAGAGGGAAUAUCUUUUGAACCAAGUUAAUGCAGCAAAAGAAGAGCUUAGAGCAAAGAGGAAGAAGCAGCUGAAAAAGGAUACUGCUAGUAAAUUGAAGUCAUUAGUAGAUGAGGGAAAAUACGAGCAAGAAUAUGAACAGUCAGAGGAAUUCCAGAAGCAACUAAAACUAAAAGUUCGUGAACUCUUAACAGAUCAAGAAUGGAGGAGAAGGAAAAUGCAGAUGAGGAUAUCAGAGGAGGAAGGUAGAUUAAAGAAGGAUGAGGAAGAAACUAAAGAGAUGUGGAAACGAAAGCGUGAACAUGAGGAGCAAUGGGAAGGAACUAGAGAACAGAGGGUUUCCAGUUGGAGAGACUUUAUGAAAGGUGGAAAGAAGGUCAAGAAGGGAGAGAUUCGGCCUCCAAAGCUCAAGACGGAGGAUCCAAACAAAUCCUAUGUUCAAAGACCUGUGAAAAGAGGUUGA